CGAGGACGGGUUAAAAUCAAUUCCUCUCGGGCAACUCAUGGAGAUGAGGAAAAAUGGAAUGGAAAUUCGUGGAUUGAAGCAGCAUGAGGGUAUACCAAGCGAGUGAAAAGAAACCAAAACGUGCAAAUAAAAAAGCGCCACAAGAGAUUUCUGCCAAAAAACGUACGCACACAAAGAAGGAGUAUACGCAAAAUCGUCAAGUUCGAGACCCUCGUUUUGAUGGGUUGUCAGGCAAAUUCAACUAUGACUUGUAUCGAAAGUCGUACAAAUUUAUCGAAGAGAAGCAGGAAGAAGAGUUAAAGGAAAUGAAAGAACAAAUGUACCAGGAAGAGAACGACCAGGAAAAACGAGCGAUUCAAGCCGAUAUGACACGAAUUAUGCAGCAGAAAUUAAGCAGAGAUCGAAGAGAUCGCCAGCUAGAGCGGAAGCGAGAAUUCAUGAAGAAGGAAAAAGAGGCCGUGAGCAAGGGAAAGAAACCCUUCUUCCUCAAGAAGCGCGAGAUUCGCGAGGCGGAGCUCAAGGACCGCUUCGAAUCGCUUCGCAAACGCGGUAAACUCAACAAGUACAUGGAGAAGAAGCGAAAGCGGAACGCCAAGCGAGAUGAGGCCAACAUGCCCUCCAUCCGCGAACGUGACUAAAACAAACACUCCAAUCCUGUUUCUUUUU